CAAGUCGUUCCAAAGUCUGAACGUUACAAACGCUAGGAAGUACUCGAGCUAGCACUCUAGUCUCAUCUCCAUAGGACGCGACUAGCAAGGACACGUCCUCCUAGCAAGGCUGCAGCCUUCACUCUGGGAAACAGCCCAAGAAGGGCGUGGGCCCCAGCGCCAUUGUUAAUCUGUAGAGGCAUUUCAGCCAACUCAGUAUGGCGUGUUGUCUGAGGAGAGAGGAGAGUUCCCCCUACAGGUGAAUACUACAAUUUCUGGGAAUCAUUAAAAUAGACUUGAACACACUGACCGAAUGACUAAAUGACUGAGUGAAUGACUGACUGGGGUGAAAGGUGUAAGAACUACAAGGAGAGCAAUAAACCACCACAGUGAACGUCGAUAGCUUAACUCCUGUACAUUGACCAGACAGAACAUGAGCUACCGUCUGUUUGAGGGAAAGGACCACGCCUCCAUCUAUCAGAAGUACCGCUUUGUGCCUCCUGAGGAGGUCAAGGUCUUGAUCCUUCAGUACCUGGAAGAGAAGAGGGGGGGACAGCCCCUGGGUCUGGCGGUCGACCUGGGCUGUGGGACCGGCCAGCUCUCCAGGCUCCUGGCUCCACACUUCCAGGAACUGGUUGGACUGGACGUCAGUGAGGGUCAGCUGGAGGAGGCCAGGGCUGGGCUGGGGUACCCCAAUGUGACGUAUAGGCUCGGGACGGCGGAGGAGCUGCCCUUUACGGACGGUUCUGUGGACCUGCUGGCGGCGGCGUCGGCAGCCCACUGGUUCCAGCAGCAGCGCUUCCUGGCGGAGACCCAGCGGGUGCUGAAGCCCGGAGGCUGCAUAGCACUGCUGGGCUUCGGCGACGACAAUGUUCACCUGCAGAGCCGGGACUGUGGAGACAGGCUCACCCAAAUCUACCGUGAGGUGAGGGAGGUGCUGUUACCCUACACCAGCAGCCAGGUGGCGGUUGCUAGCAAUAAGCUGCAGGAGCUCUUUGAUGCCAUCCCUUUCCCCGACAAGCAAAGGGUUGAGAGUGUCCAGGUGAGACACUGUGUCUCUGUGAGGGCCUUGCUUGGUUUCAUCGAGUCCUGGUCCAUGUUCCAGUCCUACCGCAGUUCCCAGCCAACUGCGGCCCAGCACCUGCUGAACGACACCCAAAACAGGAUACUAGAGGAGAUUGGAGCCGAGUCUGCUGACACAGAGCUGGAGAUACACCUGGAGUAUUUCUGCAUACUGGCUUCCAAACCACAAUGAUGACCAUCACUGUAACACUGUAACUGUGUAUGUGUGUAUGGGUAUUGAAUUUGCAUUGAAAGCCAAAAGGAAAGGGCCUUAAAGUACAUUGUGACGUCACAUUAUAAUGAAUGUCGCCAUUAUCGGAGCAAAUAUAUUGUUGGUUAAUAUGUUGGUAGUAAUGUUUUUUUCACCCGUUGUUUAGUUAUAACUAAUGUAGGAUUGGUAAUCAUGGGGAGAUAUUGCGGUUGCUUUAAAUUAUCACAGUGUUUCUUAUGCGAGACGUGGCAAAACCACUUUUUAUAAGCCUAGGUAGCAGUAUAUUAACUUUGAUUUAGGAUUUGACAGUGCUACAACUAUCAUGGGUUCUCUCAAUGGUUAGACACAAAAUAAUGUUUUUGAGUUUUUUGUCCAUAAUAAUCUUUUUGUGCUUCGCUCUGUUAAAUCAAUACGAUUCAAGUUCUGGUUUUGGCACUACAAAUAUUGGGCAAAAUGUAAGCUCCAUAUGCCAAAAAUAAAUACAUUUCAAACUUUGUAGGUUAA